CACAAAGAUAGCCUAAUAUUCUUCCUUCUACGUGUUAUUCGCCAUUGACAUCCACAAUAACGCGUACCACUUGCAAAGCAAAAGCAAUCGAUCAGAAAGUCUCGAAAGGAAACCCAAAAUCCUUGCACAAAAAGCAAACGCACAAGAUUUUGAGAACCAGAAGAGAAGUUGUUUGGAGGGUUUAUUGGAUUUUGAUUUGUGUUUGAUUUAACAGUCACGAUGAGUUUUCUAUUCGGAAAGAAGAAAACACCCGUAGAGCUCCUACGGGAGAACAAGAGAAUGCUUGAUAAAUCUAUUAGAGAAAUAGAAAGAGAAAGGCAAGGUUUGCAGGCACAAGAAAAGAAACUGAUUGUAGAGAUCAAGAAAAGCGCCAAACAAGGACAAAUGGGAGCUGUUAAGGUGAUGGCGAAAGACCUUAUCAGAACAAGACACCAGAUUGAGAAGUUUUACAAGCUUAAAUCCCAACUGCAAGGCGUAUCGCUUAGAAUUCAGACGUUGAAGUCGACACAAGCAAUGGGUGAGGCGAUGAAAGGUGUGACGAAGGCAAUGGGACAGAUGAACAGGCAAAUGAAUCUGCCAUCGUUGCAGAAAAUAAUGCAAGAAUUCGAGAGGCAAAAUGAGAAGAUGGAAAUGGUAAGCGAGGUGAUGGCUGAUGCCAUUGAUGAUGCUUUGGAAGGAGACGAAGAGGAGGACGAAACGGAAGAGUUGGUGAGCCAGGUCCUAGAUGAGAUCGGUAUCGACAUCAAUCAAGAGUUGAUGAAUGCACCCUCCGGGGCUGUAUCGGUCCCGGCUACAAAGACGAAGGUGGCGCAGACUGAAGCACCAGCGGGUGCGACCGAUGAUGGUGGGAUCGACAGCGAUCUACAGGCCAGGUUAGACAAUUUGAGAAGAAUGUAAGUAUCAUACGUUUGUUUAUCGGUCUUUUUUUUUUUUUGUACCGAAACCUUAAAACAUCGACAUAAUUGGCUUGUAACAUAUUUGAUCGAAUUUGUGACCUUAUAUCGAUUAUAUGCAAUGACAGUGUGUUGAAUUAAUCUCA